UCUAGAGUUCCAUUUCCUUUCCCUUCUAGGGUUUUGUUUCCUCCUGUAUUCUUUGGAGCCACCCGUCACAGAGAGCGCUAGAGGGUGAGUGAAAAUGCCGGCUGGUCAUGGUCUUCGUUCUCGAACUCGCGAUUUGUUCGCAAGGCCCUUCAGGAAGAAGGGUUACAUUCCUUUGACCACCUAUCUCAGGACCUACAAGAUUGGCGAUUAUGUCGAUAUCAAGGUGAACGGCGCCGUUCACAAGGGUAUGCCUCACAAGUUCUACCAUGGCCGCACCGGUCGUGUUUGGAACGUCACUAAGCGCGCCGUCGGCGUUGAGGUUAACAAGCAGGUGGGUAACCGAAUUAUCAGAAAGAGGAUCCAUGUUCGAGUGGAGCAUUUGCAGCAAUCAAGGUGCACAGAGGAAUUCCGUCUAAGGAAGAAGAAGAAUGAUGAACUCAAGACAGCGGCAAAGGCAAGAGGUGAGGUUAUUAGCACAAAGAGACAGCCAGAAGGCCCUAAACCUGGUUUCAUGGUUGAGGGUACACAACUGGAAACUGUUACGCCCAUCCCGUAUGAUGUUGUUAACGAUCUCAAGGGUGGUUAUUAGGUCUACAAUUUCUAGGUUUUGUUCGUGCUGUUUGUUUUUUGUUGCAAACUUUUGUUGACUGAUUAGCUUAUUCAUAUGAGUCUUUCAAGUACUGUCAGUUUUGAAGAGGUAUUUUGAGAUUGCUGCAUCUGCAAGAUGCAUGGUUUAUUUCAUUUCCUCUUUAGAUAUAAUGGGAGAUUUUCUAUUCAAUUUUAUAUAUUUCCUUUAAAUGA